AUGAUUGUCACUAAAUAUUUAAUGAAGCUCAAACUCUAAUAAUCAAAGUUUAAUUUGAUGGGAAUCGAUUUAGGUACUGCUUUCACUGGAUUCAGUGUAUCCUACAAUCUAUAAUAAGUUUUAGUUUAUGAUUUGCAUUAUAGUCCAUGCUAUUCACCACAUGAUUCGACAUUAUACAAAAGAAUCAUAUAGAUUAUAAAUAAGGAAAAGAUUGGAGGAAUUUUGAUUGGGAAACCUUCAUUUGAAAAGGGCUACAUAGAGGAAUUUACCAAAGGCUUAGAAAGCAAUUUAGUGGCUGAAGGAUUAAAAACAUAUAUAACUCAUGUUGGGGAGGAUUAUACAACUAAACAAGCGAAAAAAAUAUCUAAAACAAAUAAUAAAUUUUUGCAUGAUGGCAUGGCAGCCAUGCUUAUUUUAUAAUCAUUUUUAAAUGAAUUAUGA